AUGGCUAAUCCAAACCAAGAUGGGGUUGCUGAAAUUCUACUCUCCCUGCAACAAAAUACUAGACCCAGAAAUUUCUUGGACAACAUUCAACCCUACAGCUCCAACGAACCCCAAUUCCCUCACUUCGAACCAGAACUCAACCUCCAGCUCUCUCUGGGUGGCCCUUACAAUGCCGUUGUCAGCGAAAAGUCUCCAUUAAUUAACUACUUUUCUCUCAUCUCAGACGAUAAUGGCAGUUCCUCCUCGGUGCAGACUAGGGAAGAUCAGACAAUGAGGAGAAUCGAUGCCAUGAAAUGGCGGUCGGAGAGCCGCCCAAUGGGUGGUGGCGGAGUUUCCCAGAGAGAGAAGUCACAGGCGGUGACGGUGGCGGCGCCACCUCCUAUAGUCCAGGCUUGGGCUGCUGAAUCGGCUUCGAAGAACACUGCGCUCCUUCGUGCCAUCCAAACUAUCAACACUGAGGGCCGUGCCCCUUCCUAUCUGUGCCCUUCAUAUCCGACCCCUUCAAUUCAAGGUCCUCGUAAUUUAGCUGCAGCGAAGGGCCCUUCUGAUCCUUAUUCAGGUCAGGUCUCCUCCCGUGAAAUGGAAGAUGGAAAAUCAGUUAACGGUCUGAUUUACUUGCCGAAACCUGUAGCCACCUCAAGCACGGUGCCAAAUGGAAAACCAAUGGAGCCUUCCAAAAUUGAGCUAGGGAGUCCAUCAAAGAAGGCUAAAUGUUGCAACCCUGAGAUGCCUGAAUGCGGGAUGGAGUUGAUAAAAUCAAUGCCCACCGUAACUACUACUGGAGGUGACCCGAAUGGCAGAAAAAUUGAAGGGUUCCUGUUUAAGUACAGGAACGGGAAAGUGUGUAUUGUGUGCAUUUGCCAUGGAAAGUUUCUCACUCCGGCAGAGUUUGUGAUGCAUGCCAGUGGCGCUGAGGUGGAGAACCCGAUGAAGCAAAUUAAAGUCGUGGCAAACUCCAUAUAA